AUAUAUUUUCAAAAAGGGAGGAUGGUAAAAACCUAAAACACCAUGACAAGAGCAGCGAAGAAAUUAAAAACCCCAACCAUUCCAAAUCGAAAUUCGAAAACAAUGAACACCACCCGAAUCUCUUAAGAAAUCAUAGACAAGCUGACGAUGACUACGAUGACCUUGACGAGGAAAAUGAGGAAGAGUUGGGACAAGAGGAAGAUACUUAUGAUGAUGUACAAAAUGGACAAUAUGAGGAUAUAAAUGAGUUAGAUGAGGAUAAAUAUUAUAAUGAAAACGGUUCUUCUACAAAUUUCUUCGGACCAAUAGAAUUUGGUGGUUCAGGAACUGUCGUAGUAGAUCCAUAUAGAAGAAUAGAAUUAGAGGGAUCAGGUGAUAAUAAUAAUGAUUAUGACGAAGACAAUAUCGAUGUUGAUGACCCUGAGAACCCUCGUGUGGUACUAGGAGAUGAUGAGGAUUUACCUGGUCUCGGGUCUGGAAGAGAAGGUUCAGGUGAAGUCGAUGAAGGUAGACAUGUUGAAAGCGUGCCCGUGCCUACAGAGCGCCCUAUACCAAAAUACUACAGAUUUAUAAUUACCGUCCAAGAACCAUACAGAGAAGAAUUCAACAAUUUCAACAGUUAUGAAUUCCGUGAAUUGGCAGAUAGGGUGAAGCGAUCUUUGGAUCAACUGUUCGAUUCAUUUCCUGGUACUCAGUCAUCUACAGUAAUCAGCAUAGAUAAAGACAGGAACGACAACUUCAAAGUAAGAGUUACAGCAGAUCUGACUUCCUUAAGUCACUCAUCCAACGAUGAAGUCAGGGACCACAUUCUCAACAACUUGAACAGAAAUCAUAGGAUGGACUUUGUCGUGGCCGUACCUGAUGAUUUUAUAUUUAGGCCUUUUGAAGAUAGGGAACCGUACUGUAGCGAAGACGAACUAACAUGUCGUGAAAGCAAACAAUGUGUACCGCUGUCUGCUAGGUGUAAUUAUGUUUCUGAAUGUAAUGACAGAUCUGAUGAAGACGGUUGUCCCGCAAUUACAACACCUUCUGCCCCCACCACAUUUGAACCCUCGCCUACCAUCACCAUCACCACCACGACCACGACCACAGAACCACCGGUAGAGGGCAGCGGAGAAGAAGAGACAGGAGGCGAGCGCGCAGACGACGUAGAGCGAUGCGCAGACGGUUACGGCUCGUACCACGGCGACCAGCGGUGCGACGGCAUCUUCGACUGCGCAGACAGGAGCGACGAGAGGGACUGUCCGUCAUCUUGCGCACAGGGAGAGUUCAGUUGUGAUAUCAACAGGUGCAUUCCAAUCAGUGAAAGAUGCAAUGGUGACCGCAACUGUGCAGAUGGUACAGACGAACAGGAAUGUAGAGCUUGUCAGUACAACGAAUUUGACUGUGGAAAUGGCCAGUGUAUACCGGAUGUCUACAGAUGUAGUGGAGCACCAGAAUGUAGCAAUGGUCGUGAUGAAACUAACUGUCCCAGCAGAAGCCAUAAUGCUAUAGGGGCAUGUUCAUUCGACGAGUUCGAAUGUUCGAAUGGUGAGUGCAUUCCCAAAAGUAAACAGUGCGAUAGAGAAUACGAUUGUAGCGAUCAAAGUGACGAGAGAUCAUGUCCAUGUAGGAAAGAUGACUUCCAUUGCAAUAACGGCUUUUGUAUACCACCCAAUCAGAGAUGCGACGGCAUCAGGCAAUGUCAGGACCAAUCGGAUGAGAUCGGAUGCAAAACUAUCGCGCACUGCCUCGAUUACCAAUGGAAAUGCAAUAACGGCCAGUGCAUCGACAGAAUAGACAGGUGCAAUUCGAGGCCCAAUUGCGAGGACGAAUCCGACGAACGAAACUGCUACUGCUCCAAGGACGAAUUCAGAUGCAACAAUGGCAGUUGCAUCGCCUUGAAUAAAAGGUGCAACGGCGAAGCUGACUGCGAGAAUCAGGAAGAUGAAGAGAACUGCGCAUGCGGGACUAAUGACUUUAAAUGCAAAAAUGGACUGUGUAUACCGGAAUUGGGCAGAUGCAACGGUAGUCAGGAAUGUUCUGACGGAAGUGACGAACUUGGAUGUACUGCUAUUACUCCACAUUGUGGGCUGGGUUAUUGGAGAUGUGAUGAUGGUAACUGCAUUAAAACGAGCAAAGUUUGUAACGGAAUAGCAGACUGUAUCGAUAAAAGUGACGAGUCACUAUUAUACUGUUGGACUUUCGAAAAAAAUCCAGAUACUACACACUACGAUUGUGGUCCCAACGGUUUCGACUGCAAAAAUGACAUUUGCAUCCACCACACAUACCGCUGUGACGGCUACAAGGAUUGUCCUGACGGCUCGGAUGAACUAGGUUGCAACAGAACAUCUGUGGAUACAGAGCAAUCGGGACAAUGCGCACCUGACGAAGUUCGGUGUAGGGAUCGUUCCUGCAUCAAAGGCAAAAGAUGCGAUCGCGUUUACGAUUGCGUGGACGGUACUGAUGAAGUCGAUUGCGAAUAUUGUACUUCGGGCGAAUUUCAGUGCCGAUCAGGAGGCUGUAUCGAUGAGAGACUUCGUUGCGACGGUCUUAAGGACUGUCAGGAUGGUUCCGAUGAAGAGGGUUGCCAUGGUGUUUAUCCAGAGAGGUGUCUAGACAACGAGAUUGAUUGUGGAGAUGGCCAGUGUGUUAGUGCUCAUUCUAGGUGCAACGGAGUUAGAGACUGUGCUAACGGUCGAGACGAGGAAGGCUGCCCUGUUACCACAACCUCACGACCCUGCUCUCCUUACGAACUGGACUGUGGAAACGGUCAGUGUAUCGACAUUAGAAGACGAUGCGAUGGAUAUCGAGAUUGUCCGAAUAAUAGAGAUGAGGAAGCUUGCCCUACUACCACAACCCCACGACCCUGCUCUACAUACGAACUGGACUGUGGAAACGGGCAUUGUAUCGAUAUUAGAAGGCGAUGCGACGGAUAUCCCGAUUGUCCGAACAAUAGAGAUGAGGAAGGUUGUCUGCAAAGAAAAUCCUGCAGUAAUGACGAAUUUGACUGUGGAGAUGGCGUUUGCGUUGAUAUUAAUAGAAGGUGUGAUGGACAAAGAGACUGCUCUACAAAUAAAGAUGAAGAAGGAUGUCCAGAGUUUCCACCAUUAAAGUCGUGUCCACCUGACAAAUUUAAUUGCGGAGACGGCUUGUGUAUUGACGAAAGCUUUAAAUGUGACGGUGUACCGGAUUGUCAGAAUAGUACUGACGAAGCAGACUGUGCAUGCCAAUCAGAUGAAUUCCGAUGCAGAGAUGGUCAGUGCAUUCCCCAAUCGAGGAGAUGUGACAGAUACAGUGACUGUGUUGACGGAUCUGAUGAAUCGGGAUGUACCGGAAUAAUAUGUCCAAACAACCAAUUCAAGUGCGAAAGAGAAGACCGUUGUAUCCCGGAUAGUCGCUUGUGUGAUCGAAAUCCCGAUUGUUCUGACGGUUCAGAUGAAAGGAACUGCCCUUGUUCAUCCGAUGAGUUCGGCUGUUCAGACGGUCAAUGUAUAGACAACAGAUUGAAAUGCGAUGGACGUCCUGAUUGUAGAGAUAGAUCUGACGAAUACAAUUGCGUAAGACCAACACCUAAACCUGUUACUUUGCCUCCAGAUGUCAGUCAGCGCAGUUGUCCACCUUUCUAUAUUAACUGCGUGUCUGGUGAUGAUUGUAUACUGCGCAGCCAACUCUGUGACGGACACGUCGAUUGCAGAGAUCUGUCUGAUGAAAACAAUUGCGACACUAGUGCUCAAGGUCUUCAACUCAAGACGUAUCCAAACCAGCAGGAAAUUAGAGAAAACAAGUAUAAACUUGAUCGUGAAGUUGUCUUCCAAUGUCGUGACGAAGGACCAAUAAGGGCAGAAGUCGAAUGGCGCAGAGCCAAUGGUCAACCUUUACCACCUGGAUCUAAAGAUAAUCAUGGACGUCUGGAAAUACCCGAUAUUAAAGUUGAACACGCUGGAACGUACGUUUGUGUGGCCAGGGGCUUCCCACCUGGUACUCCUGGAGCUGAAUUGGCAGUUCAACUAUAUGUAGACAAAGCUCCUCCCCCAUACAUUGCUCCAACAGUAAAAUGCUACCUCAACGAAUCAACUUGUGCCAAUGGAGAUUGCAUUCCGAGAAACAAAGUCUGCGAUGGAGAAUACGAUUGUACGGAUGGAUCAGAUGAAAUUCGCUGCAGUUUGAAAUGUGAACCUAACGAAUUCAAGUGCGAUAACAAGAAAUGCAUCCACAAAUCUUGGGUUUGUGAUGCCCAGGACGAUUGCGGCGACGAUUCAGAUGAAAAAGCUUGCAGAUUGCCACUUCCUGGUGAAGGAUGUGGUCCUAAUCAAUUCACUUGCAGAAGCGGACAAUGCAUUCCAAGAUCAUUCCAGUGCGACGGGUCUAUGUCGGAUUGUACUGACAGAAGUGAUGAAAUUGGUUGCAUUCGACCUGUAAUUUCCGAACACCCAAUACGCAUGGUCAGGCUGUCUGUCGGCUCACUAUUCCAGAUCACUUGUCGAGCCGUUGGAAUACCCGUUCCUGAAAUUAUUUGGAGACUCAAUUGGCGUCACGUACCCUCAACAUGUAGAAGUACCAGUGUUAAUGGUUUAGGUACACUUAUAUGCGAAAACAUCCAAGUCGAAGACCAAGGAGCUUAUACGUGUGAAGCUAUUUCCACGCUGGGCUCAGAAAUGUCAUCUGACACUAUUCUGGAAGUGUAUCAACAAAGUGUUUGCAGACCUGGUUACUUCAACACCGAAGCCCGACAGGAAGGAGAGUGUAUUAAAUGUUUCUGUUUUGGACACGCCACCAAUUGCAGAUCAGCCGACUUAUUUAUAUUCCAGUUCCAACCACCGUUCGACUCGCUCAAAUUGUUGGGAGCUCGUAUUGAUCCAUAUACCGGUGUAGUGGACAUAAGAGACGAACCAAUCUACAAAGGUGUAGAGCCACAGCUUAUACAAAUAGGAAGCAAUGGAGUCAAGGCAUCUUUACCGUACUAUGCUGAACUGAAUCAACCAAAUGUAGUCCCAUACUUCUCCUUACCUGAAAAUUACCACGGAAAUCAGUUGAAGAGUUACGGAGGAUACUUGCAGUACAACGUCCAUCAUUCCAACGAUGGAAGACCAAUAACUGGACCAGAUGUCAUUUUGACAGGUAACAACUAUAUUUUACUACACCAAGCGGCAUCACCUCCACCAUCACACCGAACUACCCAAGUAAGAGUACGUUUCUUUGACGGAGACUGGGUAAUCAAAUCAGAUAGAGAACCAGAGAGAUUGGCAACUCGUGAAGAAAUAAUGAUGGCCCUAGAAGACGUCACAAACAUCCUCAUUAAAUUAGAAUACAACGAAGGAUUGUUGAACACCUCCUUAACCAGCAUCACCAUGGACUCUGCCGGGUCUCCAGACAGAGGAUUUGGAGCCGCUAACUACGUAGAACAGUGCUCGUGUCCGGUCGGAUAUACCGGAACAUCUUGCGAGUACUGCGAUGAGGGAUAUACACGUCAUAUAUCUGGACCAUGGUUAGGACAGUGUUACAGGGAACCUCCCGCGUGUCCACCAGGAAGUUACUAUGACGGAAGAGAAUGUCAGAUUUGUCCAUGUCCAUACACUUCUCCUAGUAACCAGUUUGCCCGGACUUGUCACCUUGGUUCGGACGGAAACGUAGUCUGCGACUGUCAAGUGGGUUACAUCGGUGUGAGAUGCGAACAGUGCGCGCCUGGAUACGUGGGAAAUCCCCUAACUAUUGGCGAUUCAUGCAGACCAGCCCCUGUGUCCCGCUGUGAUCCAGUGGGUACGCUAGGUCAGGACGCUGACGGAAGAUGUUUGUGCAAGGCGUACACUACUGGACUUUAUUGUAACAAAUGUAAGGAGAAAUCGUUCUACCUCAGCGCACAAAAUCAGUUUGGUUGUAUUGCCUGCUUCUGUAUGGGUGUUACACAAGAAUGUUCCAGUUCCCACUGGUAUAGAGACACGAUUCACUCUGUUUUAACAACGAACACCGUGGCUGACUUCAAAUUGACGGACAUCAACAAGCUAAAAGACAUUACAGAAGGUAUCACGCUGAACAGAAACACCCAAGAAAUAUCGUACGCCUCGUUCUCACAACCAGACGUCUACUACUGGUCGUUGCCCAGCAAAUAUCUUGGCGACAAGGUGACAUCUUACGGCGGAUACCUUACGUACACCAUAAGGAACACCCCUGUACCUGGUGGAGCCAGUUCAAGAAACAAUGCACCAGAUGUGGAACUAGUUAGCGAUAAUCAUAUCAAUUUGCUACAUUACUCAAGUAACAAAUCCCAAUCUACCAACGCACCACAAACCUUCGUUGUUCCACUUUUGGAACAAUACUGGCAACGAAACGAUGGUCUUAAAACAGACAGAGAACACCUACUCAUGGCUUUGGCUGACGUUCAAGCUAUCUACAUCAAGGCCACGUAUUUCACCAACACCCAAGAAGCAGCGUUAAUAUCUGUGUCCUUGGAUACUGCGACUGAACAGAACACUGGUCUAUCCAGAGCUUGGGAAGUCGAACAGUGUCAGUGUCCUGUUGGAUACACUGGAUUAUCUUGCGAGGAUUGUGCUUUUGGAUACACCAGAUCUGAGGAAGGAAUUUACUUGGAAUUGUGCAUGCCGUGCGAAUGUAACGGAUUCUCAAACGAAUGUGACUCAGAAACUGGAAUUUGUAGGAACUGUAGAGACAACACCGAUGGGGAUUCUUGCGAACAAUGCUUACCAGGAUACAGCGGAGAUCCAACACGCGGACAACCAUGCAGAUAUAUCGGUCCAGUUGAACCAUGCAAUUGCGAUCCGCGAGGAACAACAUACGCUGGAUGCGUCAACGGAGCUUGCCAGUGCAAAUCCAACGUAGAAGGACGAAACUGCGACAGAUGCAAGAACGGCACUUUCGGAUUGAGCGAAGAAAAUAUCGAAGGCUGUGAGUUCUGUUUCUGCUCUGGGGAAUCCAGCGAGUGCACAGAGAGCCGUUCUUAUAUCGAACAGAUCCCUGUACAAAUAGUAGAGAACCACGGCUUCAUUUUGACCGAUCAGUACUUCAGAAAACGCAUAGAAUCGGAUUUCAAAACCAGCCUAGCUUUAAAUGAAAUCGGCUACAACUUUCCACCCAGUCAAAGAGACACUCUCUACUGGUCAUUACCUAGUACAUUCACUGGUAAUCAAAUAAAGUCUUAUGGUGGUAAACUAGAGUACAUGCAGAGAUACAUCGACUUGCCUGACGCGAAAUAUACCAGAGACAAAGAUAUUAUUAUCAAAGGGAACAACAUCGUGAUUUCCUGGACCAAUCCCAACGAACUGAAGCCUGAGAAAUUGAACAGUAUCUCUGCCAGGUUGCAUCCACGUGCAAACUGGUACAGGCUGGACCAAAAUAAGGAGAGCAGACCGGCUUCCAGAGAAGAUAUUUUGACUGUUCUGGCUAACAUCGAAUCCAUUCUUAUUAGAGCUACACUUUCUACUGAUACUUCGAGCACGUUCUUGAGCGACAUCUCUUUGGACACUGCCGUAGAUGUUUAUAAUGGAAAACAAAGAGCCAUUAAUAUUGAAAUUUGCAGAUGUCCCCAAGGUUAUAGAGGAACUUCAUGCGAAUCCUGCUCAGUAGGAUAUUACAAAGACCUAUCCUAUUCCAGCACAAAUCCUCUUGGAACAUGUAGAAGGUGCCCUUGUAACAGCAGAGAAGAAAGCUGCCAGUACGCAGGCGCGCAGGGCGUGAUCUGUAACUGUUUGCCAGGAUUCUAUGGAAGAACCUGCGAAUCAAUCUCGCCAGGUCCCAUUAUCGAUAUAGGAAUAGAAAUCACCCCGCCCAGGGUUGUAGCUCCAGUGGGAUUCCAACAGGAGAUCACGUGCAGGUACCGAACGAAAAACGUGAUAAGAAACUACGAUUUUCUCGUUAGGAAUCUCAAUACGUCUUACGAGACACGUCUCACUAACACCGUGCGGUUCAAAGGAGGCGCCCAGGCUUCCUUUUACUCUGUGGUUGGGUGCACAGAACAAACCUACCAGUGCGUUAUCGUGACCAAGGAAGGAUACAAGAUCGGAGCUGUGAACGUGGUGGUUAAACCAGCGGAACUGAUACCCAUAGACCCUGGUUCUAGCGGUACUGUCAGACCUCCAGAACCACCAACAAUUGACGUUGUUAUCUCCGGACACAGACUAGAAAUUUAUGAAAUUGGCAGCUCUGUAAGGUUGAAUUGUUCGGCUGUAUCUAGACUCUCACCUAAAGGCCCUGUUAGAGUGUCAUGGACCAAAGACAGUGGAGAACUACCCUAUCAUGCCAUUGAUGAUGGACGAGGUAUCUUAUACAUUCGAAACCUUGCCGUUAGUGAUUCCGGAAGAUAUACCUGUCAAGCGGAUGAUGGAUAUUCGAUAGUUGCUCAGAGUAUAAGCAUUACUGUAGGAGAUGUACGCGCUGAGGCACCAAUCAUUGCACUUUCGGCUCCUUUCAUCCAAGUUAGCGAAGGUCAACUUAUCGAGGUUCGAUGCGCUGCUACCGGAAAUCCCCUUCCAGAGUACUCUCUUUCCAGAAUUGACAGACAGCCCAUCAAUCCAGCACAUCAAUUCGAUCUGGGCGUGUUCAGAAUUCUCCAAGCCAGAACAACGGACGCUGGUCAUUACCAAUGCACGGCUACCAACAGAGCCGGACAGGACUCGAAGAGUUUCGAGAUCCAAGUGACGGCAGGAUCAGUGUUGCGAGUAGAAAUAACACCGGAAUACUACGAAGGAAAAACAGGUGACAACGUUGUAUUGAGAUGUAUAGCUGACCGUGCCAGAUCAAUUUCCUGGUCCAAAGAAUUUGGAAGCUUCCCUUACACAUCUAGAGAUGAGGGUGGACUGCUGACUUUCUCAAAUAUCCAACCUGAAGACUCUGGGGUAUAUAUUUGUACUGCUACGUCAUAUGAUGGAACCAGGGGCACUCAAACAGUCACUGUAAACAUAGCUAGAGAAUCAGGAAGCUACCCAACUGCUCGUUUAUCACAGGACAGAUUCAAUCUAAGACAAGGCGACUCUGCUCAAAUUGUCUGCGAGGUCACAGGUUACCCUACACCAACAGUGAAAUGGUCCAGAGCUCAUGGCGCCUUGAGCCCCAACUUUGAACAAAUCGGGAACACUUUGCACAUAAGAAACGCGCACAUUGAAGAUAGAGGUCUCUAUUUGUGCGUUGCUGACAAUGGUAAAGGAGUGGAUCAGGCAGUGGCCACAGUCGAAGUAACACGCUUUGAAACACCGCUCAUCAGUCUAUACCCAGAAGGAAGCUUAACAGUAACAGCCGGCAACACUGCCCAAUUACAAUGCAGAGCCACUCAAGGAUAUCCAUCUCCUACUAUCACCUGGAGCCGAGUGAACAACAUUCCGUUCAAUCCAAACGUCGAAGUCAUGUCAGGAGGAAAUUUGAAGAUUGUAGGUAUUUCACGUGCCGAAGCUGGCGAUUACCUGUGCACAGCUACAAAUGAGGCAGGAACUGCAAAGGCUACAGCUACGAUAUCAGUAAUAUCUCUUCCUGAGCUUUAUGUGACUCCCGGUGAUUCUGUAAUAACGAAGGCUGUUAAUGAGUAUUUGCGUUUGGAGUGCCGAGGAAUUGGAGUGCCAGAUCCUCAAGUAUUCUGGAAUAAAGCUGAAUAUGGAUAUUCUAGACCAGCAUACGUACAAGGAGCAACAGGAAAUGUGGCAGUUCAGGAGUUUAGCAGAAUAAGAUUAGAAGACUCAGGAACGUACAUUUGUGCUGGAGUAAACGAUGCAGGAAGAUCAGAAACACGUGUUCAACUCAACGUUUUACCAGAAAGAGGGGAUAAUCCGGGCCGAUACUAUCCAGGAGGAGAUUCACCAUCACAGACCGAAGAAUUUACAGCUAUUGCAGGUGCCAGAGCACAGUUACAUUGCAAAGUGACAGCUUCAGAUAAUGUCCAGCACCAGGUCGAUUGGAUACGAUCCAAUAACGGCUCACUUCCAGAGAGUUCUUAUAUCACAGACGGAACUUUGUAUAUCGAUAACGUUCAGCCUUCUGCAGCCGGAGACUACGAGUGUGUCGUAUAUGCUUUACCAUCCAGAAAUAUACGCUAUAGAAUAUUUAGCCGUCUCAACGUCAUCUCACCACCUCGAAUCAGUCUGUAUCCAGCCAAACAAGUAGUAGAGCCAGGAGACAAUGCAUACAUUCAGUGUUCGGCUACUGGCGACCAGCCAAUAGACAUCCAGUGGUAUCCGGUGAAUAGAACAAUGCCAGCUUCGGUAUAUACCCGAGAUGGAUACAUCAGAUUCAGCAAUAUACACCAGGACGACGCUGGAAAGUACAGAUGUGCCGCUAGAAAUUCAGCUGGUGAAGCUGAUUCGGUUGCUGAAGUAGUAGUAGCCUUCCAAUCAGACCGUGUGCUAAAUCCAGUGAUCGAAGCAGAAAACCAUCUUGUUACUUCAACGUCCGGUAGUACCGUCACUUUGCGCUGCAAGGCCGGUUCCGAACAGGCCAGAGUCCAGUGGCGUAGGGACGGAGCGCCAAUACCACCCAACUCAGAAAUCAGCGGUAGCAAUUUGGUGCUGUACGAUCUGAGUAGGGACUACGAAGGUCGCUACUACUGCGAUAAGAUUACUGAGAACGGAGUCGGAAGCGACUUUAUCGAUCUGCGUGUCGUGAUACACCAUAAAGAGUGUCUCCCCGGCUGGUGGCGUUGUGGCAACGGUAACUGUAUCUCUCCCCAACUAAUCUGCGAUGGAACGGACGAUUGUCACGACAACUCGGACGAAUCGAGCUGUCAAGUGGCUAGGACAUCACGGGGUCCACCCUUAACGAAAUCACUGCCUUCCAACACGCCAGCACUUCACAUCAGUCCAUCGCAGACCGAGUAUGACGCAGGCGAAACCGUCGACCUCAACUGUCAAUCCAACGAGCCCGGUGUUAUACCAACUUGGUCAAAACUUAGCGGUGGAUUGGCCGAAAAUGUUCAGAACAGAGCUGGAAGACUCAGGAUUAACAAUGUUCGGGCUGAUAAUGAGGGUGUGUAUAGGUGCGAAGCCACAGGACAACGGGGAACAUACUACAAAGACUUGACCCUGUACAUUAGAGAUAAUGAAUCUAGAGAUGAAAUACCUAUUAAAGUUCAAAGAGCCAAGCGCACAGCAUCAGUUUUAUUGGUAUGCGACACUGACUUAGAAGAACCCGUCAGUUACUAUUGGAGCAAACAAGGCGGUACUUUACCGCACUAUGUCGACGAGUAUAAUAAACAAAUCCAAUUGAACUCCAUCGGUGCUAUCGACGCCGGUACUUAUAUCUGUUCGGCCACAAGCCAAUCUAGAACCAUCGACACCCCAAUUAUUCUAGUUGUAACAGGGAUAAUUCCUUACUUUACUCAAGCCCCUAACAGCUACAUAUCUUUACCGACACUCCCUGAAGCCUAUCUCCAAUUCAGCUUCGAUAUCUCCUUCAAACCUGAGAACGACCACGGCCUGAUAGUCUACAACGGUAAUAGAGAAAAAGAUAAGGAUGGAGACUUUAUUUCUUUGGCUUUGGACAAUUCUUAUCCAGAGUUUAAGUUUAAUCUUGGACCUGGAACGACCACAACAACAGUUAGAGCUAGCGAACCGAUCACUAAGAGGGAGUGGCAUACGAUCAAGGUUGUGAGAAACAGAAAACGAGUUAUCCUAUUCGUUGAUGGUAAAGGUCCCUACAUUGGCGAAAAUGACGGUAAAUACUUCGGUUUGGAUUUGAGUGGAUCAUUAUACUUGGGUGGCGUUCCGGAUUAUAACAUUAUAUCAGAAGAAACUAUGAUGGACAGAGGAUUUGUUGGUUGCAUUAGCAAAUUCAAAAUUGGAUACACUUACCAAGACAUCCUUCAAGAAGCUCUUAACAGUACCGGACUGACCAACUGCGAGACUUGUACGGAAAGUCGAUGUGAAAAUCAAGGAGCUUGUCAAGAAGCUUUGACCACAGAAGGGUACACUUGCAUCUGUCCAGCAGGAUUUAGCGGACCUACGUGUAACAAACGUAAAGGAGAAGCAUGCUCACCCUAUUCUUGUGGAGUUGGUCGAUGCGUAGACACUGAGAACGGAUUCGAAUGUCAGUGCCCUCUAGGCCGCGGAGGCAAAUACUGCGAAAAGACAAUACAAGUAAUGGAACCAGCUUUCAGCAACAACGCCUACAUCGCCUACCCACCUCUGAAGCCUUUGAGAAGAACCAAAAUCGAGAUGAAGAUCAAACCUCGUGAUACAAAUGAUGGUGUGUUACUUUACGCUGCCGAAACCAACGAAGGACACGGUGAUUUCAUUAGUUUGUCUAUCAAAGAUCGUCAUUUGGAAUUCAGAUUCGACAACGGUCAAGGCCCUUACAUCAUCAGAAGCGAUCACGAAAUUGUACCUAACCAAUGGUCCGCCGUUCUGGCCAUCAAGUCCUUGCUAGAUGGCAGAAUAGUCGUCGACGGCAGACCGUCCGCACCAACCAAGGUCACCGGCAACUACAAAGCUCUUACCCUACUCACCCCAGUCUACAUCGGCGGUUUUGACAAGUACAACGUCAAACUGAACAAGGGCGUCAAAGUUGACGGAGGUUUCAAUGGUUGCAUCUCCGACAUCAACAUCUCUGGAUUAGACGACGCCAUGCUGAAGAACAUCACCGACUCUUCUAAUGUCGAAGACUGCGCAGGAGAUGAUGACAUCGAUAACAACAUAUAUUCGCCGCAGUACGCGCAUGAGAAUCAAUACAAACCGUUGUCUUACGACAGUAAAAAGACAGGAUGUUCGGAUAAUCCCUGCAGAAAUAACGCGCCAUGUAUACCGUUGUCUCCUGUAGAUUACAAAUGCUCCUGUCCGGCUGGUUUCACAGGUAAAACGUGUGAAGUACCGGUUGAUUUGUGUGAAAAUCGUCCCUGUCAGCAUAGGGGAGUGUGCAGAUCCAAUAGUACUGGUUUCACUUGCGACUGUCCGCUUGGGUAUUCAGGACAUACAUGUGAACAAAGAACUGAACUAAGAAACGAUGCCAACUUCAACGGAAACGGAUUUUUGGAGUUCAGUAAAUCAUUGCUCAGUCAUAUCGACAACGAACCAGAAACCAUAGCUCUAGAAUUCUCCACAAACAAAUCCGAAGGAUUACUUUUCUGGCAUGGACAAUAUCCCCACCAAGACGGUAGAGACCAAGACUACAUUUCCUUAGCAGUGGUCAACGGCUAUUUGGAGUAUAGCUACGAUUUGGGAGAAGGUCCAGCCAUAAUAAGGGUCUCUCAAAUAAGAGUUGACGAUGGCCAACGUCACAGUGUUAUCCUGAAACGACAUGGAAGAUCAGGAUCGAUAGACGUCGAUCAUUUGUAUACAGAAGAAGGAGAGUCUGAAGGAUAUACUUCUCACCUAUCUACCAAUGGUAACAUAUACCUUGGAGGCGCUCCGAACAUCAGCCUUUUGACAGGCAACAGAUUCAGUAAAGGAUUUGACGGUUGCAUACACGGUUUCGAGAUUCAACAGUCCAAAACGAUAGAUCUGGGAGUUAAAGCCAUUAACGGACUGAACGUUAAGCCUUGCUCUAGGGAGUCUAGUGACGAAUAUGUUCCACCAGCUUAAUAUAUAACCUUUAUAUUUUAUUGUUUCUCUGAUAUCGACAACAACAUCUGGAACGAUUAGGAAAAUUAAAGAGCUAGAGUUUUAGAUGUAACUCAAAAAAGUCAGUGAUAGUUACGUCAAUUCUUAUAUUAUUAUUUUGUCCAUUUUUAAAGUGUUCACUCUACUAUUGUGUUCAUUUUUUUUUAAAUAAGAGAUCUUUUUUCGUUUGAUUUUCGUCAAAACCUUAUUUAAUAGAUAUUUUUUUAUAUUAGUAUAUAUUUUUUCAAACGUUAGCUGACUGUUUUUUCUAUUUUUUUUCGCUUUAUUUGUCUUGUUUCAUCUACUUCUUCUCGCGCUUUUUGCUUAUAUCCGAUUCGUACGUAUAUAUUGUAUUUUAAAUAAUUUAAUAUUAUAAUUUAAAUACUGCCAUUUUUUUCUGAUCGUUUACUACUUUUUUAUACAAUCUUUUUUUAUAUAUAUAUGUACGUUAUAGUUUUCCUUAAGUAAGCAACAACUGUAUAGUAAGAAAAUUGUGCCAUUUGUAGAGUCUAGAUAGGAUUCAGGAAGAAAUACGGUCCACUUGUAUAAUUUCUCGAUUGAUAAAUAGUUAUUAAAAUAGAUUUAAUUUAUAUGGUGCUAUUAACAAAUGUAUUACGCUAAAAAGUAUUUCAACUUAUCCAUUUUGUAGGUAAUCAAUCAUUGAUGAAUUAGUUAAUAAUAAUAAUAAUUACGAUAAUAUCAUUUUUUCAAUUAUUUUUGAAAAGCUUUUAAUGUGAUUAUACGAAAUGAAACAUAAACGUAUCAACUAUGGUGAUUAACAAAAACAUAUAUAAAGUUAGAGUAUAAGAUAUAUAUAAAAUUUUAUAAAUGCUUUUGUUUUCAUUGAUUUAAAUGAAGAAGGAAGCUUUUAAACGAAGGAGGUGGGUGCUCUCGAAGCUUCUUUUUAUGCUACAAAUCUUGUUGUUUUUUAAAUUAACUAAUUAUAUUUGAAGUGCAUUUUCAAUAACAAGAGACAAUAAAUAAUUAAUGUAUGUAA